CCCGAGGGCGUCCGUCUUCACUAUUUAAGCGCGUCAAGGAUCACGCCAGUCGAAGACGGACGAGCGAGAUCAGAAAAGGACGCGUCGCAUCUGCGGUCAAAGUCGGCAGCCAUGUCUUCUGUUGUGUUUCUGUUGGGGGCGCUGAUGAUGACCGGAGCCUCGGCUCAAAUGAUAGACAUUGAGGACGUGAGGGAUGUUUUCCAAAUGUGUGCCGACACGCCCUUGGAACAAUGCGGUCUGGGGUUUUAUCGAUUCAAUGACGACAGCUGUCUGAAGGUUUUAACCUUCAAUGCGAACUUCGCCACUGCACAGGAAAUGUGCACCUAUAUUGGUGGUCGUGUAGUCGUACCAGCAAAUUUGAAGGAGUACCAAAAACUGGUGUGCACCGUUGCCUACGAUUUCCCAGUGCGACUUCACUACUGGGUUGGCGCUACGAAACAUGGGGAUGAUUUCGUGUGGGCGGACGGAAGCGGGACCAUCCCCAACGAGCUGUGGGCCAAUGGUCAGCCCGACAACUUUGGCAACAAUGAGAAUUGCGUCUGGAUAAAUUCUGGCUCUUGGGGGCCUUUGAACGACGGGCCCUGUAGUGAAGCCACUUCCAUGGUUUGCCAGAUCCCCUACGAGAUGGCGCUAGCCGUUUCCAAACGGGCCAGCAGCUAAACCUCCGGCCAGCCUACGUGCCAGUCAGCCGUCGUCAGCGCCAAAUCUUCCAAAAGUUGUUUGAGCGUCCACACGUGAUGUCUUUGAAAGUACGCACGACAACUUUUAGAUGUACGGCAAUAAAAUUCAAUCGGCGGGCAAAUUCUCGCUUUCAUUUGUACCGUGUCUG